AUGGUAUUUAUUGCACCUGCUGUUCAUUAUUCAGCAUUAGCCACCCUACCACCAGAACUAACAUCUUCCAAAAGUCAUCAAUCAAUUAAACAUACAGCUAGUAUUCGAUUUAAAAUGAAUCGAAUAUUCAAAAAAUUACUCAAUAAUGAUAUCCAUAAUGAACAUAUUCAAUUACCUAAAACAGACGUUCAUUUGUCUGAAACUAUAGAACAUAAUAAUGAUGCUAGCAUAUCAACAGUUGUUAAAAAUCCUAAUAAUAGUAAUAAUGAUAAUCGAACACUUGCUGAACAAGAAUCACGAAGAUCUAUGCCAUCUUUAAGUGAACCUUUCGAACGUUUGCCAUUUACUGAACCUUAUUUUUCAAUAUCACCAAAAACUGAAAAAUUUCCUUUUGAAUUAUCUGCUUAUCAUAAACAUUGUAUUCAUCAACAGAAAUAUAUAGAUCAAAAACAAUAUCAUCAUGAAUCAUCAUUAACAAAACAAACAAAAUUUUCACAACAAAAUCCAUCGAUAUCAACAUCUAUCAAACAACAUCGUUCUGAUUUAGUAAAUUGUCGAUUACAAGAUUCAAAUGAACAACAAUCUCAAAUUGAAUGCAAUAAUAAACAAUCGAACUCUACAACAACAUUGCCUGUAUCAACAUCCAUUGAAAAUCAUAUUGGAUUACGAUAUGCUUCUCGAAGAAAUACCAUUACAAAUAGUCAUAGUGUUCGCUCAUCAUAUGCACAACAACAUCUUCGACGUUUACAUAGUAAAUCAAAGGUACGUCCAAUUUUCAAUGAAACAAAAACAUCAUCAAUAACAUCACAAAAUAAAUCAUUACCAUUAUCAUCAAUUUCAUCAUCAAUUGCUCAUCGAAUUGAAUUGCUUAAACAAGCCAUGCAUAGUAAUCAACUUGAAUUUCAUCAUCCAAAAUCAGAUAAAAUAUCUUCUAUUGAAUUAUCAUCUCAUGCAUUGAUUGAUAAAAUUGAUAAAGAAACUCAAACGAAUGAUAAUCAAUUAAAAUCAUCUGAAUUUUAUCAUAUUCAUCAUCAUCAUAUACAUUCUUCAUCAUUUUUAUCUAAUGAAUGGCGAACAUAUUUCUCUAUUAUAGGAACAUUAUCAAUUAUUUUUCUGCUUCUUAUAGAAUUGCUAACAAUAAUAUUUUGA